AAGUAAACGACGCACGCCGCACCUUCAUUGAGCAAAAGAGAAACGUCACUGCUUCAUAUUACAUCAAUCAAAAGUUCAAAACAAAACAAAACGUGGUUUAUUUACUUGAAAUAAAGAGUGAUUUUAAGUUGUAAAUAUGCCUAAACCUACUAAAUUACAUUCUAAAGGAAAAUCCAACUCUCUUCAGAAACCUUGUAAAGUAGAGAAAGACACAUCUGACGCCGUAGAUCCCGAAGAAUCUGUGAGACAGUUUCAGCUUGAACUGUGCUGGUGUAUUCAACAGUUAGAGAGAUGUUUAAACGAAAAGAAAGGCACUGAAAAGCAAAUGCAAGAAGCAUGGAAGGUGCUCACAGUGUUAAAGAACAACAAUCAGCCUGUGAUCCGCAAGAGACAACUAAUGAGAACACAUUUUGGAGACUAUAGAGCUAAAAUGGCUGCCGAAGAGAAGAAAUUAGCAAAAAUGGCCAGUAAAAUCAAGAUAUCAGAUGUUCCUGACAAGCCAAAAGCUACAUUUUUGAGAAAAUCUGCAUUUCUAACUACGGGUGAUGAAUCAUUUAAAUUCAACUUCAGUUUAGCACCAGAUCAAGUAGACAAAGGCAAUGCUACUGAAAUUAUUCCAAAAGAUAGCAACACUAAGCUUGAUCCUGAAGUUGCCAACACUGAAAAAAGUGAUGAUAGUGCAAAGAAAUUUAAAUUUUCAUUUACAAAUUCAGAGUUUAAGUUUAAUUUUAAUGUAGAUAAUUCUUAGGUUGUACUUAAAAUAAUAUUAUAUUAAUUCUGUACAAAUAUAACUGGAUAAUAUAAGUGCUUAAUUAUGA